GGGCCGGGGCGGCGGCAGCGGGGAAUAGCUCGUUCACUCCCUUUCUCGUUCACUUCAGUUUUGCUCUCACUUGGGACAGUGCUCGAAACUCGGUGGCGAUCGCAGCUCCCGAUAACUCCCUCGAAGCGGAGAUUCAAAGUAAAACUCCAGAACUGUUUAGAUCUACUUCUAAGGUUGUGUAUCACUGUGAGCGAUGGCCCCCUUCUUACGAAUAUCUUUCAACUCAUUUGAGCUGGGACCUGCACAGAAUCAAGGGGAACAACUGCAGCCUUUUUGUGCUAUCAAGAUGAAGGAAGCAUUGACUACAGAGAGAGGAAAAACUCUAGUUCAGAAGAAACCUACCAUGUAUCCAGAAUGGAAGUCAACUUUUGAUGCCCACAUUUAUGAAGGACGAGUGAUUCAGAUUGUUCUCAUGAAAGCAGCAGAAGAGCCAUUAUCUGAAGUGACUGUGGGUGUGUCGGUCUUGGCAGAGCGGUGCAAGAAAGGCAACGGCAAAGCAGAAUUCUGGCUUGACCUGCAACCUCAGGGGAAAGUGCUGAUGGCUGUGCAGUAUUUUUUGGAAGAUGCAGACUGCAAGCAGUCAAUGAGGGAAGAGGAGGGGACAGUAACUAUGAACAGGAGAGGAGCUAUCAAGCAAGCCAAAAUCCACUACAUCAAAAAUCAUGAAUUUAUUGCUACCUUCUUUGGACAGCCUACAUUUUGUUCUGUCUGCAAAGAUUUUGUAUGGGGACUCAACAAGCAAGGUUACAAAUGUAGGCAAUGCAAUGCUGCUAUUCAUAAGAAAUGUAUUGAUAAAAUCAUUGGGAGGUGUACUGGUACCGCAGCCAACAGCAGGGACACAAUGUUUCAGAAGGAACGUUUCAAAAUUGACAUGCCUCAUCGCUUCAAAGUUUACAACUACAUGAGCCCGACCUUCUGUGACCACUGUGGCAGCCUGCUCUGGGGGCUGGUCAAACAAGGACUCAAAUGUGAAGAAUGUGGGAUGAACGUGCAUCAUAAAUGCCAGAAUAAGGUGGCAAACUUAUGUGGAAUAAACCAGAAGUUGCUAGCUGAAGCUUUAAAUCAAGUUAGCCAGAAAUCUACACGAAGGUCAGAUUCUGGAUCUGUAGAAAAUGUGGGUAUUUAUCAAGAUUUUGAUAAGAAAUCUAAAGCUCCAGGAGGAGAUGCAACAGAUAACAGCGAGUACGACAAGAUCUGGGAGGGAAACACGGCCAAGAGGACGUCGCGAAUCACGAGCAGGAGGAAAUUCAACAUAGAGAACUUUAUGUUCCAUAAAGUUCUAGGGAAAGGAAGUUUUGGAAAGGUUCUGCUUGCUGAGCUGAAAGGGAAGAAUGAAUUCUUUGCCAUCAAGGCUCUGAAAAAAGACGUGGUGCUAAUUGAUGAUGAUGUGGAGUGUACCAUGGUGGAGAAGCGGGUCCUCGCGCUCGCGUGGGAAAAUCCCUUUCUCACACACCUUUACUGCACGUUCCAGACAAAGGACCAUCUGUUCUUUGUUAUGGAGUUCCUGAACGGAGGGGACCUGAUGUUCCAUAUACAAGACAAGGGGCGUUUUGAUCUCUACAGAGCAACGUUUUAUGGAGCUGAAAUUUUAUGUGGGCUACAGUUUCUUCACAGCAAAGGCAUUAUUUAUAGAGACCUAAAACUGGACAAUGUGAUGCUCGAUAAAGAAGGCCACAUCAAAAUAGCUGAUUUUGGAAUGUGCAAAGAAAAUGUUUUUGGGGAGAACAAGGCAAGCACUUUCUGUGGGACCCCAGACUACAUUGCUCCUGAGAUCCUGCAAGGUUUGCGCUACACCUUCUCUGUGGACUGGUGGUCAUUUGGGGUGCUGCUGUACGAGAUGCUCAUUGGCCAGUCCCCUUUCCAUGGCGAUGAUGAAGAUGAAUUGUUCGAGUCGAUCCGAGUGGACACCCCUCACUACCCACGCUGGAUCACCAAGGAAUCCAAAGAUAUAUUAGAAAAGCUAUUUGAAAGGGACCCAACACGGCGACUGGGGGUCACUGGCAGUAUCAGGGACCAUCCUUUCUUCAAAACCAUCAACUGGACAGCACUAGAGAAGAGGGAGGUGGACCCUCCUUUCAGGCCCAAAGUGAAGUCAGCGAGCGACUACAACAACUUCGACAGAGAAUUCCUGAGCGAGAAGCCCAAACUGUCCUACAGCGACAAAAACCUGAUCGAGUCCAUGGAUCAGUCUGCAUUCGAUGGCUUUUCAUUCAUUAACCCCAAAUUUGAACAGAUCUUAGACAAGUAGGUCUGUGCACAGAGCUGGACUGGAAAGCAGAGCUGCCCCUCACACCCCCCCGUGCUCAGCGAGGCCGGCGCGAGGCCGGCGCCGCUCCAUCGGCAGCACGGGCGGCAGCCUGGGGAGUGCUGUGGAGCUGCUCCUCUCCUCUCCUCUCCUGGCAGUGUUGUUUCUCUCAUGCAUGGUUGGUCUGAGGUAUGUGAAUUGUGUGGUGUUUUUCUCUAGUUGGGAAAAUGUAAAUUCUGUUUGGUACUUGAAUGUGGUUCUGUGAGAUAUAUAUAGAUAUAUAUAUAUAUAUAUAUGUGCUGUAUAUUUUGCUCGAGAGAAGACAUUGGGGAACAGAAGAUGUCUUUUUAAAAAGUGUUUGAGCCCUUGGUUCUUUUAUUUGUCUUCAAAUUAAAAGAAAGUUACAUCAAACUUUC